AUGCCCGUGCAUAUCCGGAAAGCCAGCCAGCCUGAGUGGACUCCCCUCGCAGGAGCACAAUUGCCAAAGGGAUCAGCCUCUCGUAGUGCCAGUGGUCGACGAGUGCAGAUCCUUAGAACUCCACCAAAGCAUUUGGCAGAGGAUGCUACGAAAAGCUCCAGCCCAGGGGAGGAUGGCAUGUCCAGCGUGUCAGAGGCACCACAGGCUGCACCAGCAGCCACAUCUGUCAGUGGAGCAGCUGGAUUGCCGUCCAGUGUAGUGGGAAGACCAAUGAGGCGACGAUCCUUGAAACAGGUCCAGGCAGCUGGUUCAGGAGAGAAGGUGCAGCACAGCAACGUACCAAGGAUGGAAGAUCCUACCCCUCAGCAGACGGCAAGUGUCUGGGCCCAAUCCAACACUAAAGUGGAGCCAGAGAUCUCCACAACAAAGCGAGACUACAAAGCGCCACCACAAGAAGCCUUCGAGCAGGUCUCACAAACUGGGUUGGGGCCAAAGACUCGUGCACCUACAGUGGUGGGCAAG